AUGGCGCCUCCCGCCAAGAAGGCUGCGGCCGGGUCCAAGGGAAAGAGGAAGCCGCACAACUUCGUGAUCGACUGCACGAAGCCGGUGGAGGACAAGAUAAUGGAGAUCGCGUCGUUCGAGAAGUUUCUUCAGGACCGGAUUAAGGUCGACAACAAGGCGGGCGUGCUGGGCGACACGGUGAAGGUCACUAAGGACAAGGCUAAGAUCCACGUCACCGUCGAUGGACCUUUCACCAAGAGGUACCUCAAGUAUCUGACGAAGAAGUACCUGAAGAAGCACAACGUGCGUGACUGGCUGCGGGUGAUCGCGUCCAACAAGGACCGCAACGUGUACGAGCUGCGCUACUUCAACAUCGCCGAGAACGAGGCCGACGAGGAGGCUUAA